AUGGAAAUUGAUAUCAAAAAGGUGGUCGAGAUCGUCAAGAAUUACAACUCUCACAUUUUGCUGGCCGUUGAUAACACUUUUGCGACACCGUACUUCCAAAAACCGAUCGAUUUCGGAGUGAAUAUUGUCGUGCAUUCCAUGUCAAAGUACAUUUCCGGUCACUCGGAUGUGAUCAUGGGAGCCGUGAUCACAAAUUGUGAUCAGAUCAAUAAUGAUUUAAAGCGGAUACAAAAUGGUAGGAAA